GUAAACUUGUAGUCAUCAAUAUCGAUUGCAACGUUUUCUGUUGUAUACGUGACAAGUGUCAGUCAGGUGGAUUUUUUAAAAAAAGUGUACUACAGUUAUAAUGAGAAAAAAAUAUUUAAAUAUUAUAUUUUACGUUACUAUAACAUUUAUCAUUGAUGAUUCUCAAUGUAAUAAUGAUGAAAUUAAAAAAUAUCCAUUACUGAUGCCCAAUGUUCGGCCGAAUGUUCCUGAACUAUAUCUGUGUACACCAGUAAAAAUAAAUUCAUCCCAUACAUAUUACAUCGUUGGUUAUGAACCAAAUGCAACAAUGGAGGUAGCGCAUCAUAUAUUAAUAUAUGGCUGCAAAACACCCGGUACAUCAAAAGCCGUAUGGAAUUGUGGUGAAAUGGCAGCGGCACCAAACAAUAAUGUCGAAUUCAGUAACGUAGCAAGUCCCUGUGGCGAAGGAUCAGAAAUUUUAUACGCAUGGGCACGUGAUGCGCCAACAUUAAGAUUACCAGAUGGUGUAGGAUUUAAAAUCGGAAAAGAUUCUCAAAUAAAGUAUUUAGUACUACAAGUACAUUAUGCCCAUAUAGAUCAUUUUAAAGAUGGAGUAACAACCGAUGAUUCAGGUAUUAUUUUACAUUAUACCUCAAAACCGUUGCACAAACUUGCUGGUGUUUAUUUACUUGGCACAAUGGGAGUUAUACCAGCGAAAAGUACUGAGUAUAUGGAAACAGCUUGUUUAUUUACGGAGAAUAAAGUAUUACAUCCAUUUGCUUAUCGUACGCACACCCACUCACUUGGUAAAGUAGUCGCGGGUUACGUUAUCGACCGCGAUAACAACUGGAUUGAAUUGGGAAAACGGGAUCCAUUGACGCCCCAAAUGUUUUAUCCGAUUAAAAAUAACGUAACUAUUACAAAAGGUGACAUACUUGCUGCAAGAUGUACUAUGUCUAAUUAUCGUGAUAGAGAUACAUAUAUUGGUGCUACUAAUAAUGAUGAAAUGUGUAAUUUUUACUUAAUGUAUUAUGUUGAUAACGAUCAAACAGUUGACAUGAAAUGGUGUUUUACCCGUGGGCCACCAAGCUUUUAUUGGAAAACGGCUAAUCUUCAAAAUAUACCUGACCGUGAAGCCUCUAUGCUAUAAAUUAUUUUACUUUAUUAUUUAUUUAUUAAUAUUUAUGCACAAAAACAAAAUAUUAGAGACUGAAUACUGGCAUUUUUUUAACAGCGAUUAUACCUAAAUUUUUUAUGUAAAUAUCUUUAUAAUUAUAGAAAUAGUAUAUUGUGUAACAAGGGAUGAAAUAAAACGAUUUCAGACCUGAGUGAAGUUGGCUGACCCGCAGUCUGAGAUUGUGUUGCAUCCUGUGUCGCACAAUAUAUUUUUCACGACUACCGGCAUUGGAACUUAAAAUUUUAGUGUCAGAAUCAUAAUUUAAGAUUAAUGGUGUGAUCAACUAUUAGCGUAAGCGUAAAUUGUCAUUUGAAAUUUGUAAUCGAGCAGAAACUACAGAUACUAUUUAUUAUUUACACGCAUUUUUAUAAAACUUAACCAGUCAAAACUAUCAUUUACGUAAGUAAAAUUAAUGAUCUGAAAUUACUAAUAAACAAAUGACAAGUAUCAGAGGUUAACUUGCGAAAGCCUUCAAUCAGCGGGUAGAAACUUUGUUUGUUUGUUCCCGAGGGUCGAAACAAGUUUGUUUCUGACCACCGACUGAAAGCAUUCGCAAUAUACGCGUUUGCUAAUAUAUAUUUGCGGCAUUGAUCUGAAAUUAUCAUGAUUCGACUGGCUGUAGAGACAAGGAAACUUGAAGUUUCGUCGCUGGUAUCACGAAAAAGAAUUAGUAUAUUACGCACUAAGGAAGAAAAAUAGGACAUUUCAACAGGGGUGUAUAAUUGCCUGCAAACACGCAGAUUUGGACGCCCUCCCUAGUGGAAAUUUUUUGGAAUUUUCUCUGAAAAACUCAGUUCUAAAGACUUUUUUUAAGUUCUAAAGGCUUUUUCACGGUUUUUCAGAGAAAAUUAUGAAAAAUUUCCACCAGGGCUAUCUUUUUCCGUGGUGUGUAUACGAUUUUUCACCAGAUCUGCACCUAAAAGAUUAAAUUUUUGUCUCUGUUUCGAGGAAUAAAAGUUGUUCUUUUUUUAAACGCAAAAACAAAUGAUAAAAAUUUGCGCAUGCGCCAUUCUUACACCAAUCAGAGGCAGAAAUUGAAACUUUCAGCUGCAAGUCUGGUAAAAAAUCGCAUACACGCCACGGGAAAAGAUAGCCCUGGUGGAAAUUUUUCGGAAUUUUCUCUGAAAAACAGUUCUAAAGACUUUUUAAGUUCUAAAGACUUUCAAAGUUUUUCAGAGAAAAUUCCGAAAAAUUUCCACUAGGGCUAUCUUUUCCCGUGGUGUGUAUACGAUUUUUCACCAGAUCUGCACCUAAAAGUUUAAUUUUUUGUCUCUGUUUCAAAGGAAGGAAGUUGUUCUUUUUUUAAAUGAGGAAACAAAUGAUAAAAAUUUGCGCAUGCGCCAUUCUUACACCAAUCAGAGGCAGAAAUUGAAACUUUCAGCUGCAGGUCUGGUAAAAAAUCGCAUACACGCCACGGGAAAAGAUAGCCCUGGUGGAAAUUUUUCGGAAUUUUCUCUGAAAAACUCAGUUCUAAAGACUUUUUAAGUUCUAAAGACUUUCAGAGUUUUUCAGAGAAAAUUCCGAAAAAUUUCCACCAGGGCUAUCUUUUCCCGUGGUGUGUAUACGAUUUUUCACCAGAUCUGCACCUAAAAGUUUAAUUUUUUGUCUCUGUUUCAAAGGAAGGAAGUUGUUUUUUUUUUAAAUGAGGAAACAAAUGAUAAAAAUUUGCGCAUGCGCCAUUCUUACCCGAAACAGAGGCAGAAAUUUAAACUUUCAGCUGCAGGUUUGGUAAAAAAUCGCACACACGCCACGGGGUAAGACAGGACGUCCCGAUCUGGGUGUUUGCAGGCAAUUACACACCCGUGUUGAAAUAACCUAUUUUUCUCCCUUGGUGUGUAAUAUACUAUUUUUUUUUCGUAUGAAUAUUAAUUAAUCAUAAUUAAUUAACUUCUAUUGAAUGGUUAUGUGAGUAAAAAAAUUUAUUAUACAUAAUUUAAAAGAUAUUUGCAGUAGAAUGAUUAUUUUGUUAAUUUAAAACUACCUGGCCCUGAAAAAAAAUGCUAACUAACGGGCUCUAAUUUUAAAAAUAUGCGUUAAUUAUAUGUGAUAAUUAUUUUAUUUUUUAAUUAUUUUAAUUACUUCUGGUAUUUAAAUUAACUAUUUUAAACAAAUGACCAAAUGUACUUAAAAUUUAGAGUACGCCAAUAUCAGAUUGCAAAUCAAAAGUAAAGUUUUUAAAGUUUAAUUUAAAUUAUUGAUACUUUAAUUUUUUAUGAACAAUAUUUUUAAAAUACCUCGUAAAAAUUUAUUAUUUUUCUCAUGACAGUUAUAUUUAUUUGAUGCCUUAGGAAAGUAAAUAUAUAAGAUAAAGGUUACUAAUGUUGACGGAAUGAAACGAUAUAAUGGCUAAGGGCGCUCACGGACCUUCCUUAAUUUUAAGAUAAAUUAUAGAGUAAAUGUUGGUAUUACGCUGCACAAAAAAAUAUACAGGGGUGCCAUUUAGCGGUGUUAAGUAACUGGUGUUAAAACGGUGUACAUGCGGAGCAAAUUAACUCCGAUCGGAGUAUGAGUGUGUCAGUAUGAGUAUUUUAAGAUCUACACAACAGAAAAUAAAAAAAAAAUGUGUAAGACUUUUGUAAAACGAAAUUCUAUUGCAGGAAGAGUUAGCGCUUUAUGUGAUUACGGAUUUGAAAUAUGACAGCAUAUAAAAUAUUACCUACAUUUACUCUAUAAAAGCCAAACAAAAAAUCUCAGAUAAUUUACAGAUAAGCAAAGGCAGUGUUUACUAUCUAAAAAUUCUAUAUGGGAAUUCCCAUGGAUUCUUAUCGAAUCCUAGCUCUCAUGGAUUUUAAUCUGAAUUUAUAUCUGAAAAUUUUGACGUAGAAAAUUUUUUCCAUUAAUUUUUAUAGGGUUCUAUAGAUUUUUUUAAAACCCCAUGAACUUUUGUGGAUUCUAAUCUAAGCUACCAUUUAUGAACGUCACUAUCGUACAUUUUUUCCAUGGGUUUUUAUAUCUGGAUUACUCUCUGAAGGUGUCAAUAUAGAAAAAUUUUUCCAUGGAUUUUUAUAGGAUCCUAUAAAUUUUUAUAAAACCGCAUAGAUUCUGAUGGAUUUUAAUCUAGAUUACUAUCUAAAGAUGUCAAUAUAGAAAAUUUUUUUUCAUGAAUUUUUAUAGGGACCUAUAGAUUUUUAUAAAACCCCAUAGAUUCAUAUAUAUUCUAAUGGGAUUGAAUCUUAAAUUCUUAUGGGUUUUGAUCUCGAUUACUAUCUGAAGAUAUAGAUAAAUAAUUCCCCAUGAGUUCUUAUAAAACCCCAUAAAUUCUUAUGGGUUUUCGAUUGAUUUAUCAACUCAAAAAAUUUUUCAUGGAUUUCAUUAAAUUUUUAUGAAAUCCCAGACUUUUUUAUAGAUUUUCACAGAAAUUCAUAAAAAUCCAUGAGCUCCAUGGUGAUUUUCAGCUGAUUUAUAUAAAUCCCCAUAAAGAAUUUUACGAUAGUGAUCUGUAAGAAUGCUUUAAUUGGCAAUUUUUAAUACAAAAAACUAUGAUGGACAUCCCGUAAAAAUGAGUAUAAUAUUCCCAUGUGUUAAUUUAUUUACCGUCUGUAUGCUAUACUCAUUUUUACAAAACUAAUGACUAUUUUUUU